AUGUCUCAUCCACAAAAGUCCGAUACUCUCGCUUCAAUUCAGGAACUCAACGCAGCUCUCCAAAAUCUCACUGUAGAAAGCCCCAGGCUCGGGUUUCUGUCCCUGUCCGGUGAAAUUCGGAACAAAAUAUAUUCAUACCUCGCCAAUGAACGUAUAAACCACGACGCUCCCGUCAACUCAGAGGCCACAUCAUUCUUCUCGACCCCAAAUUACCUGCGCACGCCCGCACACCAGAUCGUGCUGUGUUACGAGAACAAAGAUGACGUUCUAUACGAACCUCCAGAAUGGAACACUAUACAACGCUACGACAUGGGCCUCACGCAGGCCUGCCAUCAAAUACGAGAAGAAUACGAAGCCACUUAUCGCCAAAACCACUCAAUGUCCAUCUCGCUCGACGCCCUUGUAACCAGCACCGCCUUCCUUGAUCCUGACCAGCCUCCCAUCCUUCCUUUAGGCAGCGUACGCAUCACGGUCCGAGAGUCCUCGUGGUCAACACCCAACAUCGACAUUCUCCCUUUUCUGAAGGCAUAUAAGAACUUCCCGUCCUUGAAGCUGCACUUCGAACUCCCCGAACACGCGCGGACUGCUUUUGGCGAUGUGUUCAGCGUGAGGAAGAAUAAUAAGUGGUGGGUCGGUGUUGAGGAGCAUGUCGCGUUUAUACAUGUGUGGCCUGAGGUAUACGGCGAGAGAGCUAAAGUUGGGAUUACGGUUACCAAGGAGUUUGAGAUGAAGUGGAGGAGGGGAAGGGGGGGAGUUCAGAAAGUUGUAUUGCUGGCUGCGUGGCUGCGUGAGAUGGGGUUGGAGGCUUUGAGUAGGUGGCCAGGACUCAGGAUAUAUGUAGUUUGA